AUUGGAUAAAUCUCUGCCCAAAUCCGGCGGCCAUAAACCCUUCGAAAUGCUCCUCCGUUCAAUCCCGCCGCUUGCGACAAUCCCAAUCUCAAUCCCUCCUCGUCAAGCUCAAUUCAGCUCCUGUAAAAAAGUGAAAGAAUCUUACAGAGGAUUCAAAUUGGACAGCCUCAAAACUGCAAUCUUGCGAAAUCGAUCCAUUUUGAAGCUCCGAAGUCUCCCCGACGGCGGCGACGGCGAUUUCGACUGGGAAAUCGAAAUUGACGGCGAGGAUGAGUCGGGGAGUCCCUGGGAAGGCGCAAUUGUGUACGAAAGGGACGCAAGCACGUCGCAUUUGGAGUACUGCACGACCCUGGAGCGGCUAGGGUUAGGGAAGGUCUCGUCGGCGGCGUCGAGGAGUCGGGCUUCCGACAUGGGCCUGCGUGUCGUCAAGUCAGUGAAGGAAUAUCCCGACGGGACGCCGGUGUUGAUUUCGGUGGAUGUCGAUCGGAGGAGACAGAGAUUGAGGCUGGAUGGGAUUGUCCGAACUGUUCUUGGUCUGGAUUGCAAUAGGUGUGGUGAGCCGGCUGCUCAGGGCGUCUACUCCGAUUUCUCACUCCUACUACACGAACAGCCUGUUCAAGAACCCGAGAUCAUAGACAUGGGAACGAUAUUUGGGGACAACAAAUCCAAGAAUUUCAAGACAGAGGAUGGGACCGACGAGGAAGCCUUGAUCGACAUAGAGGACCAGCUGUACUUCCCUCAAGAAGAAAAAAGAAUCGACAUUUCGAAAAACAUACGAGACCUCAUACACGUUGAGAUCACAAUCAGCGCAGUCUGCAACCCGAACUGCAAAGGGCUGUGCUUCAACUGUGGCGCCAAUCUCAACGUUAGUCAGUGCACGUGCGAAAACAAUCGGAAAGAAUUGCGAGCAUCGUCUUCUAAUGGCGUUUUGCGGGUAGGGUUCUUCUCGCGAACAUUUAUCGGAUUUUUACUAUUUAUGUAUGUCAUUUUCGGGCUAUGCCAUGAGGUUUUGAUAGAACUAAUUUGAGCUGGUUUUGAUGCUC